UAUUCUGGACUUUCAUCUAUUUAUAAAUCCAUCAAACAUAGAAGGCAAAAGAGAGGUAGAAAGAGCGAGAUGGAUACAAAGCAAAAGAGAAUUCGUGUGUUAAUGUUCCCAUGGUUAGCUCAUAGCCAUAUUUCAUCCUUCUUAGAGCUAGCCAAGAAGCUCAUGAACCAUAACUUGUACGUUUACUUCUGUUCCACCGCUACAAAUCUUGAUUCCAUCAAGCCAAAAAUUUCACCUCAUCACUCACUUUCAAUUCAAUUCAUUGAGCUCAAGCUGCCAUUGUUGCCUGAGCUUCCUUCUUACUAUCACACCACCAAAGGAUUGCCAACCCAUCUAUUGAACGCCCUAUUUAAAGCCGUCGAAAUGUCCGGCGAUGGGUUUGCCACAAUAUUGAAAACCCAUAACCCGGAUUUGCUUAUUUAUGAUUUGCAUCAACCCUGGGCACCUACACUUGCUUCCGCACUCAACAUACCUGCCAUACUUUUCUACACUGCUUCUGCAGCUGGGCCUUUUUUCGCAUUUCAUGCAUGGAAGAAACUUAAAGGGGAGGAGUUUCCCUCUCCUGAAUUUUACAUAAACGAUUGCUUUAUGCCAACAAAAAGCUCCAGAAACGAGUUUGGGCGUACUCCACCUGAUUCAAGUAAUACAGAAAAGAUUUUUCAGGCCUUUAGACACUCUUUGGAUAUCAUUUUGGUUAAGAGUUUUAGUGAGCUUGAAGGGAAAUACAUGGACUAUCUUUCAAUCCUAUUAAACAAAAAGGUAGUUCCAACAGGUCCACUAGUUCGAGACGCCAUUGAAGAACACCAUGAGAACGAGAAAGAGAUACUUGAAUGGCUUACCAAGAAGAGAAAAGCCUCCACCGUGCUCGUUUCCUUCGGGAGUGAGUAUUAUCUCUCGAAUAAAGAAAGGGAAGCCAUUGCUGAGGGGCUUGAGCUUAGUGAGGUGAACUUCAUUUGGGUCCUCAGAUUCCCUGUUGGAGAUAAAGAUAAACCCAAACUUGAAGAGGCAUUACCUGAAGGAUAUCUGGAAAGGAUUGGUGAGAGAGGGCUGAUGGUGGAAGGUUGGGCACCACAGGCGAAAAUACUGCAACACUCAAGCAUUGGGGGAUUUGUGAGUCACUGUGGGUGGAGCUCUGUAAUGGAAAGCUUGAAAUUUGGAGUUCCAAUCAUAGCGAUGCCUAUGCUUAUGCAUAUUGACCAGCCAUUGAAUGCUAGGCUUGUACAAGAUGUUGGUGUUGGAGUAGAGGUAAAGAGAGGUAAGGAUGGGAGCCUUGAAAGAGAAGAGAUAGUCAAAGUGAUCAAACAAGUGGUGGGAGAGAAAGAUGGGGAGAAUAUAAGAAAUAAAGCUAGAGAAAUGAGUAACCACAUUAAAAUCAAAAGAGAUGAAGAGGUGGAUGAAGUUGUACAAGAAAUUAACAAAAUUCUACAUAAAGGAGGGUUGAAGAUUCAUGAUAAAAAAGUAAAUGUUUGACAGUUCAAUUAGGGGACAAACAAAUAAGCUUGAGGUUUGAUGAAGUCUCUUCUUUUUGGUUUCAUCACUUUCCCUGUAAUGGAAAUCGUAAGAGUAAUGGAGCUUAUUGAAUGGAGAGAUCUUAUGACAGGCUUCGUUGAUUGUCCAUCUUCGGGUUUUGCAUGGCGGUGUUCUGUUGUGCAUUUCUUUUAAUCUUCUUUUCGAAGCUGUUGUUUUUGUAUUUGCGGUACUAAUAAUAUUUUAAAUUAAUUUGAUUUUAUUUUAAA